CUCAUCACUAAACAUUUUUCUCAUCCAUAUAAAUCGUUUUACACCCAACCUCACCUUCCCAUUAAACUCAAAACUUCAAACGCAAUGACAACCAUUCAUCUAACUCUAGCUCCUCUCCUCAUCCUCGCGGCUGUCCUCCUCUCCACGGAGAUAACUGCUCAGCCCGCGGCUCCAGCUCCUGGCCCGGCCGGUCCUAUCAACAUCACGGCGAUCCUUGAAAAAGGCGGUCAAUUCACUACUUUUAUUCAUCUUUUAAACACAACACAAGUCGGAAACCAAAUCAACAUCCAAGCCAACAGUUCAUCAGAAGGCAUGACCGUGUUUGCACCAACAGACAACGCUUUCCAAAACCUUAAACCCGGAACCCUAAACAAACUAAGCUACGACGACCAAGUUAAACUCAUUCUUUACCAUGUUAGUCCCAAAUUCUACACAUUGGAUGAUCUGCUCUCCGUAAGUAACCCGGUAAGGACUCAAGCUUCAGGACGAGACGGUGCGGUUUAUGGACUUAAUUUCACCAGUCAAGGGAACCAAGUCAACGUAUCAACCGGUGUCGUUGAAACACGUGUUAGUAAUGAAUUAAGGAAAGAACGUCCUCUUGCGGUUUACGUGGUGGACAUGGUAUUGUUGCCGGAAGAGAUGUUUGGAGAAAACAAGGUCUCGCCAGCGGCACCUGGUCCAAAAUCAAAUUCUCCUGAUGUCUCCGAUGACUCAGACAAAGCAGGGGCUCCGUCGGAUAAGUCUGGCUCCGGCGAGAUGAAGGCUGGAAUAGGAUUUGCUCUUGGACUUAUUUUCUUUUUUUUGAAACUCGUCGUUUGAUUUGGGUUUCUUUAUGCUUUUUUCUUCUUUUUAAUAUUUAUUUUAUUGUGGGUUUGUUAUAAAAGAAAUUUUGUUGAUAUGAUGCAUGAAUUGGAAACUGAAAUAAGAGGUUAUAUUUCAAAUUGUGCG